AUGACUAAUGAUGAAGAAGAAAGUGAGGGAAUAUUCUGGACUCCUCCUAAUAAUGGUUCAGAUUAUGAGCAAGAUAGCCAGAGCAAAGCAAGCUCAUUUACAAUGUACAAGAAAGUGGAUAAGAAAGUACGACCAGUUCCGGGAGUAUUUCCCCAGGAAGCUCAAGUAGUGAGGCAAAUUCCAAAUGACCCUUUAGAAACACUCGCACCACUAUCUCCUAACCCUCCUAAUGUAAUUCCUACCAAGAAACUUACUGCAGAACGGCUUGAAGCUUUGAAUAUCAAUUCUAAGGGAUUCUUACGCCCAGAAGAAGAGAGAUUAUUUCGACAUAUUAUGUGGCUACACCAGGAUGCACUAGCAUUUGAAGAUACAGAUAGAGGUACUUUGAAAGAAUCUUACUUUUCACCUUAUAUUAUUCCUACUGUUCCACAUAUCCCAUGGGAAUACAAGAAUAUUCCAAUUCCACCAGGGAUACGAAGCAAAGUUAUAGAAGUACUCAAGCUCAAAAUUGAUGCAGGAGUCUAUGAA